AUGCGGCGUUCUAUCUUUAUUUCGGCAGUUCGGCUUGUAUAUGUGGCGACGACUUUUGUUUUGUUUCUGCUUGAGCGGCCAGCUUUCGCUGGAUUUACUGCAUGGUGUUUAUGGGGCUGGGAAGAUAACUGGAUCAGCGCCAAGUGUUGGACGCAGACCAGCGCAUUCGAAAUCGAGCAGCAUGACGCGAAAGCGGCCACCACCUACAUGGUGGGCCUGAUGUCAGGAGCAGGCACAGAGCAGCUUUUUGGUUUGCGGCAGGCGUUCUCUUUCGUUCACGUCUCUCGUCAUGACACGUCUUGUACGUAUCUCACGGCUUCUUCUUUAGUGGCUGAUAGAUUGACGGAAAGCUAG